AUGGUAAUAAAUUCUGACAGCCUCCUGAAGGUGAAUUUUCCUCCAUUUCCUGGUAGUUUGACACCUAAGAUUGCCGCUCCUCUGGGGUUUUUUCCUGGUAGUUUGACACCUAAGAUUGCCGCUCCUCCGGGGUUUCUUCCUGGUAGUUUGACACCUAAGAUUGCCGCUCCUCCGGGGUUUCUUCCUGGUAGUUUGACACCUAAGAUUGCCGCUCCUCUGGGGUUUCUUCCUGGUAGUUUGACACCUAACACUGCCGCUCCUCUGGGGUUUCUUCCUGGUUGUUUGACACCUAAGAUUGCCGCUCCUCUGGGGUUUCUUCCUGGUAGUUUGAUACCUAAGAUUGCCGCUCCUCUGGGGUUUCUUCCUGGUAGUUUGACACCUAACACUGCCGCUCCUCUGGGGUUUCUUCCUGGUUGUUUGACACCUAAGAUUGCCGCUCCUCUGGGGUUUCUUCCUGGUAGUUUGAUACCUAAGAUUGCCGCUCCUCUGGGGUUUCUUCCUGGUAGUUUGACACCUAAGAUUGCCGCUCCUCCGGGGUUUCUUCCUGGUAGUUUGACACCUAAGAUUGCCGCUCCUCUGGGGUUUCUUCGGAAUCGGUCAUUUCUGGAACUAAUCUAA